UCUCUCUGGCUCAUACUCUCAGUUGGACACGGAAAUGUGAUUGCGUAUUUUUUAUUUUAUAUUUUACAGAAGCGCUAUUAAUAACUUUUUAAGUAAUAAGCAUUUCUGCAUUUUGAAGUGAAGACAUAUGGAGACAUCUUAAAGCGAUCCAUUUACAUUGAAUGUAUCAGGAAGCAGUAGAUAAAAGGAGUGUCUCUUUAUAAAAUAAAAUGGCUUCUAAAAACUCCUUCUGCACAGAGGAUCUCUCCUGUCCUGUAUGUCUCCAUAUUUUCCAGGAUCCUGUCGUCUUACCGUGCAGUCACAGUGUUUGUAGAGGUUGUCUGCAGCGCUUCUGGAGCAGUAAUAGACAGCAAUGUCCGAUUUGUCGGAAACGAUCGAAAUCGAGCAGUCCUCCAUCUAACUUGGUGUUAAAGAACGUGUGUGAGUCUUUCCUGCAGGAACGCAGUCAGGGGGCUUCAACAGAGCUGUUCUGCAAUCUGCACAAUGAGAAACUCAAACUCUACUGCCUUGUGGAUAAACAGGCUAUUUGUGUAGUAUGUCUAUCUUCUAAGAUUCAUAAAAAUCACGACUGCUGCCCUGUAGAUGAGGCUGCACAUGACCAGAAGGAGGAACUCAAGAGUGCAUUGAGGUCUUUACGAGGGAGGCUUGAUAAAAUGCAAGAAAUCGAGGUGACCUGUAAUCAAUCAGCAAAUCACAUUAAGACACAGGCCAAUCAAACAGAGAGGCAGAUUAAAGAGGAUUUUAAGCGGCUUCAUCAGUUUCUCCAUGAUGAAGAGACAACCAGGAUAGCUGCUCUGAGGGAUGAAGAGAAGCAGAAGAGUCAGAUGAUAAAGCAGAAGAUCGGGGAGAUGAGCAGAGAGAUAACAUGUCUUUCUGACACCAUCAGAGCUGUGGAAAGUGAGCUGAGUGCUCCAGAUGUCCUCUUCCUACAGAACUUCACGAACACAAUGAAAAGAGCCAAGUGCACACUGCCUGACCCAGAGAUGGUUUCUGGAGCGCUUCUCCAUGAGGCGAAACACCUGAGCAACCUUCAGUUCAGGAUCUGGAGCAAAAUGCAAGGGAUUGUUCAGUAUGCUCCUGUUACUCUGGACCCAAAUACUGCAAAUCCAAAACUAAUACUGUCUGAGGAUUUGACCUGCCUGAAAAUCUCUCCUGAGAGGCAGCACUUUCCUGACAAUCCAGAGAGGUUCGACAGAUUUGCAUGUGCCCUGGGCUCUGAGGUAAUUAAUUCGAAUGUGCACAGCUGGGAUGUUGAUGUUGGAGAGUGUACAUACUGGAUCCUGGGGGUGAUUACACAGUCAGUGCAGAGGAAGGAGGUGGGUUUCUGGAAUGGAGUAUGGUGUUUGCAGUUCCAUAAUGGUGAUUAUGAGACCUACUCUCCAGGGAAGGUGUGGUCUCUCCUUGAUGUAAAGAAAAGGCCACAGAGGGUCAGAGUGCAGAUGGACUGGGACAGAGGAAAAGUGUCUUUCUUUGACCCAAUCACUGACACACAUCUACAUACUUUAAUGAACACUUUCACUGAAGGUGUCUUACCACUCUUUCACAAUGGUUGUAAACACUCUACUCUGAAGAUUUUACCUUCAAAAUAUCAUGUGUUGGUGUAAUAGUACAGUCAGAGAUACUAUGGCCUGAACUUAUUUGACAUCAGUUUGAUACAGACAUGAAUGUGGAAUCUUACAUUUUAUACAGUUUAAUUAAUCCUUUUUACAGAAGCAUUGUGAAUCUGCCAAAAAUUAUAUUGACAUAAUGAUGCUUGCUGUAUGCUUAGUCAUAAAUUGUUUCAUGCUAGGGACAAAAGAAAACAAAUGUAAGCAAAGAAGUGGAGAAAAAAAAAGCCAGGAAGUUUUUUAUUUUUUAUUUUAUUUUUUAUGUCUUUUUCUCAGUAUUACUUGAGGUAUAGAAUAAAAUGCAUAAAAACAUAAAAAAAAAAAAAGAAAAAAAAAAAGCUUUAACAGCACUUGUAGCUUUGAUUAUGGUUGUAGGAAUACAGCUGCACACUAAGAACUUGUUACACUUACUACUGUGAAAUACAAUGUUUAACAUUAAUGUUUUUGAUUAUUCCUCAAAAUUCCUUCCUCACAGUUAAACAUCAAUCUAUAAAAUGUAUUUAUAGCAUUUAUUAGGAGGACAAAGAACUGAUCAGGCAAGUGUACAUGCAUUCAAAUGCAUCAUGCUCUUUGUACUGUCUGUCUGUUUGAACACGGAAUGUUUACUAUGUUAGUGAAAAUUGAAAAAUACUGUCUGUUACAGAUGUGGUGUUUUGGUCUUAAUCAGUGUUGCUAAUCUGUUACAUUCAUAUUGAUCCUACAUCAAAAAUGCAUUUAAUAAACUAAUAAAAAAUUACACUUCA